UAUCGCUAUUAGUCGUACUUUAUAUUCUUGAAAAGAAUGUCUUCUUUGGAGGCCACCGCUCCUCCGGCGGAAUUACCAACUUGUGCUGCAGGAUUCACCUGGGUGAUUCUGAUGAGCACCUGUCUGCCGGACUUGGCACGCACGCCAAGAAGCCGAUGCGCUUAUGGAUAUUACUAUCAGGAAAAACUAAGGAAAUGCGUGCGGCGCAGAUAUGACAAUGAACAGAAGCCAGGUGUGAUCAAGAAAUGGAUGGAUCGUACGACCAGAAAACCGAUGACUACAAGAAGACCUUGUCCUUGUCGCGGAGAUCCAUACACUGGCGAUUGGAUGGGCUACAAUUCCGGAUAUGGAAAGAAUGAGCUGCCUCCUAAAACUUAAGUUUUGCAGUUGAAUGU